AUGGCAACUCAUUGGCCUAUGAGAAAAGAGGAGUGCUCCCAUGGAACUGCCUCUCCUAUUAGAUGGUCUGCAUCCUCCUUGAUGCUUCUAUGGUUGACGUGGGUGUUCUUAUGGCUGCUGUGGCCCAUCCGAGCUGAACAAGUGGCCAGCGGGGGGAAUUUGGGCAAAUCCCUCCAUGGUUCCCUGUCCUCCUCCUCGUCAUCUUCCUCUUCCUCCUCAGCAUGGGGCUUUAGCACAAGACAAAGUGGAGGGCAGUUGGACUGGCUUUUGUCAGAAAAGGGACCUUUCCACCGUUGCCCUGAGUAUACGGAGUUCAGAGAGCGGUUCCAGCAGGGAUUUUCUACCAGAUACAAGAUUUACAGGGAAUUCAGCCACUGGAAGGUAAACAGCUUGGCAACGGAGAAGAGAGACUUCUUUAAAGCUCCGUUGCCCUUAGCACCAGAGUUCCUACGCAACCUGCGAUUAUUGGGGCGACGACCAACCUUGCAACAAAUCAACGAAAACCUCAUCAAGAAGUAUGGAACCCACUUUCUGGUGUCUGCUACCCUCGGCGGGGAAGAGUCAUUGACCAUUUUCCUGGACAAACAAAAGCUGAACAAGAAGUCAGAAGGCAACAGCAACACUACUGUGGUCUCUCUGGAGCUGCUCCAUCAGCUAGCAGCUUCAUACUUCACAGAUCGAGAAAGCACCCUAAGGAGACUGCACCACCUCCAGAUUGCCACUUCAGCAAUUAAGGUAACUGAAACAAGGACGGGUCCUCUCGGCUGCAGUAACUAUGACAGCUUGGAUUCCGUUAGCUCGGUGUUGGUGCACAGUCCAGAAAAUAAGAUCCAUCUAAAAGGCCUGCAAGAUGUACUGCCAGAGUUUCUACGCGGGCGCUUUGUGGCGGCAGCCCUCAGCUAUGUGGCAUGUAACUCAGAGGGCGAGUUGCUCUGCCGCAACAAUGACUGCUGGUGCCGAUGUUCUCCUCGCUUCCCAGAGUGCAACUGUCCCUUUGCCGAUAUCAAGGUUAUGGAAGAGAAUCUGGAAAAAAGCAAAGAGGCCUGGAGUAGUUUCAACCAAGAUUUCAUUGAAUCAGAUGAAUUCAAAUCCUUCCUGAAACGUUUGCCCACUGACCAGUUCUUGAAUGUUUCAAUGAUUGCCAAGUACUGGUCAGCUGACAUCUCUCUCCAGAAGCGCUAUGCUCAUUUAGAGUCCAGCACAGCCUUGGUCCUGGGCAAAGCUCAGAAGAUCAUCAGGAAAUUGUUCACACUGAGUAAACGAUGUCCAAAACAGUCUCAAAUCAGUCUGCCCCGAGAGAGGCCAAUUGCCUUUUGGUUGAGCAAGGCUCAGUCAUUGCUUUACUGCAAUGACCAUGGAGUGCUGGGAACUUUCUCUGAGGAAGUCAAGAGUUGCAGCUGCUCUUUGGAUCAGCCAAGUUGUCAGGGUGCCAUUCCCUGUGUUGUUGGCACCUCCUUCACCUCAUGCUCUGCUUGUGCUGCUGACAACGUAACACGUUGUGGAUCCUGUCACCAUGGCAAUGUCCUUCACCUUGGUUCCUGUCGACCAAGUAUCGCAACAUCCCUGGACCACUAUCUCAACUUUGAUCUCGACAUGCCAGAUGCUGAGGUGAAGUACCUACUUCAACAACUUGACAGCAGAAUUGAAGUCCAUGCUAUUUACAUUAGCAAUGACGUCCGUCUGGGAAGUUGGUUCAAUCCUGCAUGGAGAAAGAGGAUGCUACUUACCCUUAAGAGUAAUAAAAACAAGUCCAAUCUUAUCCACAUGUUGAUGGGCAUGACUUUCCAGAUAUGCUUAACUAAGAAUUCAACACUGGAGCCAGUGCCCGCAAUUUAUGUUAACCCUUUUGGAGGAAGUCACUCAGAGAGUUGGUUCAUGCCUGUAAACCAGCCUGACUUCCCAACCUGGGAAAGAACUCGACUGGACACUGUAGCUACUGCACAGUGUUACAACUGGACAUUGACACUGGGUAACAAAUGGAAAUCCUUCUUUGAAACCGUGCACAUCUACCUGCGAAGCCGUAUUGUCACAGAUGAUCCAACAGUGAAUGAAACGCUCUUUUAUGAACCUUUAGAGAUGGAUGAACAGACAUCCAACCUGGGUUACAUGAAGAUCAAUACUCUUAAAGUUUUUGGAUACAGCAUGCACUUUGACCCCGAGGGCAUUAAGGAUUUGAUACUCCAGCUGGACUACCCAUAUACACAGGGUACACAAGAUGCUGCUUUUUUGAUGUUACUGGAGAUGAGGGAUCGUGUUAACAGGUUGGCACCACCAGCGCCACAGCCACUUGAUCUGUUCUCUUGCCUUCUGCGGCACCGACUCAAGUUGUCAGCUGGUGAAGUGGUGCGCAUCAAGGAAGCUCUUCAGAUCUUCAACUCAAAGCUCCCCAAUGCCACUCCCGAACCUGAGCUAGCUCAGCUCUGCAGCUAA